UGAACAAGGCUGAUCCCUUGACCAAACCAAUGGGAAAUCCUUUGCUGUGUUUCCACGCGUGCGCCCACCCAUCUAUUGACUUAGAUGACAGCAAGAUAGGUCUGCCGGCUGUCUACGCCGCCUCGGUUUUCGAAUCGUAGUCCGUCUUCCGCGUGUCACACUCGAAGGCUACACAUGCCUGCGGAAUUGUGUAGGAUUCUAGUGCCCGUCUGAUUUUCCUUCAUCCGCGCCCAAAACUUCCACAAGUUUCUGAGGGGGGGAGGUUUUUCAUCAGUUUCGUGGUUUCUCUUUGUGCCGUAGCCAUGCGUUUUUCCGUGGUGUUUUCGCCAAAGAUGCUAGAUUUGAGUUUGCAUGAGGAGCGCACAGUCAUCGUAGCAUCGGGAUUCAGGGGUUGUGUAUUUGGUCAGUGUGUCUAUUUCUUAGGAUUUUGCAAUACCUAUUUUCUUACUGUGUCUUUCCACUACACCAUUACCGUUCCAUCCUGUCACUAGGGGGAAUGUAGGCAAGUGCUUAGACAUGAGGGGGAAUGUAGGCAUGCAGAUCAAAUCACCAUGUAGAUCUGAUGACACGACUGAAAUACGAUGCAAAUCCCCCCUGAAAUCCACGAUCCACAAAUCACAUCAUGAGCGAAGAGCGAUGUACACAGAGCGAUGAUGAUGAAAUGAUGAUGAUGUUCUUGUGCCUUUUCCCAUGCUGACAGUUACGUGGAUGCUAGUACAGUAGGUAGUCGCACCCUACCUACAUGGUGUAUUAGUGUUCUAACAC